AUGGCUGUUAUUAUAUAUGGACCAAGUUUAGCUUUAAGUCAAGUAACUGGAUUGAACAUUUGGAUUGCGGUUGGAGUAUGUGGAUUAGUUUGUACUAUUUAUACAAGUUUUGGUGGAAUAAAAGCAGUUAUAUGGACUGAUGUAUUACAAUCAUUAGUAAUGUUUAUUGGACUUAUUUUAUCCAUAAUUUUUGGUGUUAUUGAUGCUGGUGGAUUAUCGAUUGUAUUUGAAAAAGUCAAAAACGGAAAUCGAUUGCAAUUUUCAGUUGUCACAUUAGAUCCAUCAAUUCGUUAUACAAUUUGGAGUAUAUUAAUAGGUACUACAUUUUCUAGUACAGCUCAAUAUGCAUGUAUUCAAACUCAAGCCCAAAGAUAUAUGUGUGUUAAAAAUACCAAAUCAGCACAAAAAGUUGUUUGGGUUCAUUAUGGACUGAAUGUAUUUAUGCAGAUGAUAUUUUUAUGUGCUGGAUGUUUAAUCUAUGCUAAAUAUAAUCAAUGUGAUCCUCUUCGAGCUAAAUCUAUUUCAAGAGCAGAUCAAUUAUAUCCAUUGUUUGUUAGUGAAACAUUAGGAAAAUAUCCUGGUUUAACAGGAAUAUUUAUAGCUUCUGUAUUAAGUGCAACAUUGAGUACAUAUUCAAGUGGAGUUAAUAGUAUUGCAACAGUUAUUAUUGAAGAUAUUUAUAAACGAUUAUCAAGUAAACGUUCAAUGUCUAACGAACAUCAAUUAAUUCUCGGCGGUAAUUGGCUGUCUAACAGUAUUUAUGACAUUCGUUGUGUCCUUUAUGAAAAGCAACAUAAUAACAGUUUGUAUCGUUUAAAUUUGUCAUUUAGUUCAUCAAUAAUAUUUUUAAUUAAGAUAAUUUUACAAAUAUUUGGCGCAUUUGCAGCUCCAAUUCUUGGUUUAUAUUUACUUGGAUUGUUUACAUCACGAGUUAAAAAUCAAAGUGCUAUUGUUGCCUUUUUUAUUUGUUUAAUAUUUCAAAUUGUUAUGCUUUUCGGAUCAAUAUUAACACUAAAACCUGCUAGCAAACAAGGAGGACGAUUAGAUACUUCUGUUAUUGAAUGUAUACCGUCAAUAAAUGUCACUCGUUCUCAGAUAAUACCGACAAGUUCAAAUAUAUUUGUAUCAUUAUUUUCAAUAUCUCCUCUUUGGUUUAUAUUUAAUGGUACUAUUCUAACAAUUAUUGUUGGAAUGAUUUUUUCUUUUAUUCUUGAUUCAAAAGAUUCGAAAAUAAUCGAUCCAUUAUUAUUGGUAUCUCGAUAUGACAUAUUCCCAUGUCUAUCAUCAUCAACAAAAAAUAUUGUCAAACGAACAGUAACUGAAAAAAACAAUACUAUUUCAAACAAUGAUAAUAUCAUUGAACACGAAUCCAUGAUUUAA